UCCGUCUUCCAUUAUGGUACACUCGUCGGUGCUCGCGCUGAUAUGUCUGUGGAUGGCGACCAUGGUGUCUGCACAGUUCGGCUUCUUUGACCAUAUGUUUGGGAACCAGCAGCAGCAGUUUCAGCAACAGCAGCAACAGCGUUCGCAUGCGUCCCAGUGGGCAGCAUAUCAGGAGAGCGUACCAUGCUCAAAAUACCUCUGCCCUGGAACUCUUGACUGCGUCGCAAAGCCCUCGGAAUGCCCAUGCCCCCACGUCCAAGACAUCAAGUGCCUCAUACCCGACAAGGACGGCGACGCGACGGUGGUUUGCGUUCGAGGAGAGGAAGGGUGUAGUCAAGUGGGGAAGCUUGCACGAACGAAGGUCGUCCAGGCAUAGAAUACGCGAGGUACGUAACGGCCCGCUAUAGCUUACACUAUCCUAGUGCGCUAACCAUAACCUUGCAAUGAAGUCCCUCUUGACUCCGGAGAGCCCUUCGAGAACUAUCAUACUGUACCACAACACACCUGCAU